UGGAGGGAAUUGAGGGGGGUGAGUAAAGCUGGGCAGCGACUGGACUAAAUCUUCUGUUGUCACACAUCUUUCGGGAAACUUAUGGCCAGUCGCUGACAAAAUAUUUAAAGUGUCUGUUUGUUUUUCUUUCUUCUUUUUUCGUUAAACUGGAUCCCUUGCGGAAAAAGGUUAACCAUGGGUUACCCAUACUUAAUUGAAAACUUCUUGUCUCCUGCUCCCGGUGGAGCGUGCAAGUAAGGAGGAUGAGUGUCUUUGCCUCUCCUCCUUUCAUCAUUCUCUAAUCCACAAAUCCUUUUCAGGGUCAUUAAGACUCCAUGACACAGUUAGUUAGACUCUAUGCUUAAGUGUCACUUGUCUAGCUAUGUUUUAGUGUUAUUUUAAUCAGAAUCAGAAGAUUGAUAUAAUAAAUAUGUUGCUAUUGUAAGCAGCCAGGUUACUGAUUCCCAAAGACCGCUUAAGGAGCUAAGGAAUAUGGACUUUACAUUACAUUAACCAGUAGGAAAGGUUAGACUCCAGAUCUGUUGCCAUGACCACUUCAAGCACUCCUAUCCACCUUGCAGUGUCACCUCGCAUUGCACCGCUAACUGCUGCAGACAGUGAAGAGCUCAGUGAGGAUGACUUAAGUGGACCUCAAUCAAGUCCUCAUCGUCUGUUCAACGUGAACAACAAUAAUAACAAUGAGGAAGAGGAGAAGAAGGAGAAAGAAGAAAAAGAAAAAAAAGAGCAGGAGGAGAAAGAAAAGAAGGAGAAAGAAGAACAGGAAGCGAAGGAGAAGGAAGAAAAAGAGAAAAAGGAAAAGGAAGAAAAGGAGAAAAAGGAGAAGGAAGAAAAGGAGAAAAAGGAGAAAGAAAAGCCCAAAGAACUGUUUGUCAUAAACCCUGCUGGGAAUUUAUACUACAACUGGCUAUUCAUCAUCACUAUACCAGUCAUGUACAACUGGACCCUGAUCAUAGCCAGGGCUAGUUUUGAGGAACUGCAGCAUAACUACUUUCUUUACUGGGUUUUUUUGGACUACGCCUCAGACAUAAUGUACCUUGCUGAUAUGGCUUUCAGGACCAGAACAGGUUACCUUGAGCAAGGCCUGAUGGUGAAAGAUGAGAAGCUGCUGCGGGACCGCUACGUCAACAGCCUUCAGUUCCGUCUGGAUGUCCUCUCUGUGCUGCCAACUGAUAUCUUCUACGUUGUCCUGGGCCUUGACUACCCAGAAAUCCGUAUCAACAGGCUACUGAGAAUUGGCCGGAUGAUGGAAUUCUUCACAAGGACAGAAACUAAAACCAACUACCCCAACAUCUUCCGCAUUGGAAACUUGAUCAUGUACAUCAUCAUCAUCAUCCACUGGAAUGCCUGCUUCUAUUUCUCCUUCUCCAAGUCUAUUGGCUUUGGGGCUGAUGACUGGGUAUACCCAGCUCUGGAUGAUCCUGACGAGCCUGCCUUUGGGACACCUAUGAGGAAGUAUUCUUUCAGCCUAUACUGGUCCACAUUGACCCUGACUACCAUUGGAGAAACCCCACCUCCAGCACUGGACACGGAAUUCCUCUUCCAUGUGGGAGACUUUCUAGUUGGUGUCUUGAUCUUUGCUACCAUAGUGGGAAACAUUGCUACCAUGAUCUCUAACAUGAAUGCCGCCCAAGCCCAGUUUCAGGCCCGCAUUGAUAACAUCAAGCAGUACAUGCAGGUGCGGAAGGUCAGCAAGGAUCUUGAAGACCGGGUCAUCAAAUGGUUUGACUAUCUGUGGAACAAUGGCAAAGCACAGGAUGAAAGGGAGGUGCUGCGGUAUCUACCAGACAAGCUUAAGGCUGAGAUUGCCAUCCAGGUACAUAUGGAGACACUGAAGAAAGUCCGCAUUUUUGCAGACUGUGAGGCUGGCUUGCUGAUUGAACUGGUGCUGAAGCUUCGGCCCCAGGUGUUCAGCCCUGGAGAUUACAUCUGUAAGAAGGGUGAUAUUGGCCGUGAGAUGUAUAUCAUCAAAGACGGAAAAUUGGCUGUUGUUGCUGACGAUGGGGUUACACAGUUUGUUGUCCUGGGCAGCGGCAGUUAUUUUGGUGAGAUUAGUAUCCUUGCUAUCAAAGGCAGCAAAGCCGGAAACCGGCGGACGGCCAACAUUCGUAGCAUCGGGUACUCAGACCUCUUCUGCCUGUCUAAGGAUGACCUGAUGGAGUCACUGACAGAGUACCCUGAUGCCAAAGGCAUGCUGGAGGAGAAAGGGCGGCAGAUCCUGAUGAAAGAUGGUCUAAUUGAGCUGGAUCCAAGCAAAAUCCUGCCCGAAACCCAGGAAUUGGAGGAGCAGGUCAACCGUUUGUACAGCAAUAUGGAGCUGAUGCAGAUGAAAUUGAAGAGGAUUCUAGGAAGUCACAAGGUCAGUCAGAAGGCCCUCAGGCAGCGUAUCACUGAUCUGGAGCGCCUGACAGGAGAAGAGGUGGAGGAAGAGGAAGAGGAAGAAGAGGAGAAGAAGGAAGUCCUGGUGGUAGAGGAGGAGAAAAAGGAAGAGGAGAAAACAGAUGAAGAAAAAGCAGAAGGGGAAAAAGGUGAGGAGGGAAAGGAAGAAGAGAAAAAAGAUGAAGAAAAAGGUGAAGAGACAAAGGAAGAGGGAAAAGGUGAGGACUAAAAGGAAGAGGGCAAAAAGUUGAGGAAGAGGAAAACAAAACAUAAACCCAUAGCUUCUGUAAAACACUAAGCACUUUUCUAUAUAGGCACAAUAGUAUUUUUCAAAUUAAGAUGUUUUUCUCUCAUUGGACUUGCUUGUUAAAUGGCUCGAUGACACGAACUGCAAAAAAAAAAAAAAAAAAAAAAAAAAACAGACUAACUAACAUUAACACACUAAUACUACAGACUGGUUGUAAUACCUGUUGGAAUGUCUCUCAUAGGGUAUUUCUAUGUAAUGCAUGUUCGCAAAUGAAUAUUCAUGAGAGUAAUUCUAUGUACAGAUAAUGAGCAGGACAAUGCCAAUGUUCAAAUAAAAUUUUCCUGUUUAUUGUGACUGUCA